AUGGAUAACCCAUGGUUUGAAGGCGUAGAAUUCCUACACAAAUCCGAAGAACAGUGGCCCGAGGAGCGACCACUACCAGAUACCAGCGAAGAGCUUCGUUCUGCACAUUUCCAACUAGGCCACUUUGCUCCACCGAUCGACAUCUCACGGUUCAGUUCGUGGACUAGAUUACACCGAGCCACCGCGUAUGUUCUGCGCUACAUCGACAACCUUCGCCGGAAGAAGUCUGGUCAACAAUUAGAACUCGGCGGGCUGCAUCAGGACGAGCUGCAGCGAGCUGAACGUGCUUUAUGGAGUUUGGCUCAGUUCGAGGCGUACCCCAAUGAGAUUGCUGUACUUUCCAAGUCCCAAGGUUCACCGGAUGAUCGACACCGUAUUGUCAAGAAGUCUAGUCCAAUAUACCGUACCUGGCCUUUCCUGGACAACAAUGGGAUUCUUCGUAUGCGAGGCCGAAUAGGUGCUGCACCAUACGCACCGACGGAAGCUAAGUUCCCGGCAAUCCUCCCCCAUCGUCAUCCACUAACUGUUCUUAUUGUAGACUGGUAUCAUCGUCACUUUCGCCACGCUAACCGAGAAACCAUUGUUAACGAGCUACGACAAAGAUUUGAAAUCGCCAACCUCAGAGCACUUGUGCAAAAAGUUGCGAAAAAUUGUAUGUGGUGUCGAGUGACAAAGGUGUCGCCAAAAACCCCAGCCAUGGCACCACUACCAGAGAUGCGACUGGCAUCAUUUGUCCGACCCUUUACAUUUGUUGGGCUCGACUACUUCGGACCGGUGCUUGUCAAGGUGGGCAGAAGCAAUGCGAAGCGAUGGGUGGCCCUCUUCACCUGCCUGACAAUUAGAGCCGUGCACUUAGAAGUUGUCCAUUCGCUGAGUACCGAAUCCUGUAUUAUGGCAGUACGACGCUUUGUCGCACGACGAGGACCACCAAGAGAAUUCUGGACGGACAACGCAACCUGCUUUCAAGGGGCGGGUAACGAGUUGAAAGCAGAGAUCGAAGCCAAAACCCGAGCUCUGGCACUAACAUUCACGAGUGCUCAGACGAGCUGGAAGUUCAUUCCCCCAUCCACUCCUCAUAUGGGUGGAGCAUGGGAGAGGCUCGUCCGCUCGGUGAAAGUGGCGAUUGGAGCGAUGCUGGAAGCACCCCGCAAACCAGAUGAUGAGACCAUGGAGACGAUUCUCUACGAAGCAGAGGCCAUGGUGAACUCUAGGCCACUCACCUACAUCCCAUUGGAAUCUGCUGAUGAAGAGGCGUUGACACCCAACCACUUUAUACUUGGCAGUUCCAACGGAGAAAAACUCCUACCUACAGAACCCGUGGAUCAACGAACAACUCUUCGUAGUAGCUGGAAACUAGCCCAAUUCAUCUCCGAUCAGUUCUGGGCUAGAUGGCUAAAAGAGUACCUCCCCGUAAUUACUCGACGAACCAAGUGGUUCGAAGAAACUAAAGAUCUAGAAGUUGGCGACCUGGUACUGGUGGCUGGUGGAACGGCGAGGAACCAGUGGAUUCGAGGAAGGAUUGAGCAAGUGUUCCCGGGACGGGACGGCCGGAGUCUCGGCAUCUUCUGCGUGAUCCAGCUGGUAAUGCUGCUGAAGCGACCGAAGUUGACCCUCCCCAACGGCAACAACCACUCGCUGCGGAUCAAGCGACCACGGGAACUGGCCCCGCUAGCCACCAGUACGAUCGCGUCCACCUCAAGCGGCAUGACGUCACACACAAUGACCGUUUCGUCGCUGGGCCCAACUGCCCCAACGGCCCACAGCAGCGCAAGCAGCACCAUGCAGAAGCCCCCAAUCGCGCAGAAGCCGAUUGUGCCCAAAAUCGAGCACCCGAUCAUCAAAUAG